AACAUAUAGUUUCACUCGUCGACGUAGGCUAUUUGUAUCAUGUUGAACGUGAAAGCAAAUGCAACUGUCUUGCAUAAAAACUAUCUAAGAACGAACUAACUCAAGUAACACCCAUAACAGACCACCCACAUACUGAGAAGUGGGACCCGCCAGCAAGGACAGAGAAGACUGAGUUCAGUCAGUGGAGGGCUAGUGGAGGACGCCAUUGAAACCGAGAACUGACAGACUAAAUUUGUAGCGAAAGGAUAACUAUGAAAUGGGGAAAAUUCAACAACUAUUUCUACGUUGAAUUAAAGUUGUAGUGCCAAUGAACACAACUUUCGUUGCCAGUUCGUGGGAGAUGACGGUCCUCAACGCUGUUCUAGAGUCCCCUGGUAUGCCCUGUCUCCUCCGGCAGCCCAGCACCUCACCAUGAAUGCUAGCGGGAAUGUCUCCACUGCGGGAAACGCCACAGCUGCGUGGGACGCUGGUGGGGGCCCAGUGGUGCUGGAGUCAGUGUUCAUCGUCACCAUCGCCCUCCUGGCCUGCCUGGGCAACUUCCUCAUCGUGGCCACUCUGUACCGCAGGCCCUACCUCCUCACACCCAGCAACAAGUUUGUGUUCAGCUUGACCCUGUCCAACCUGCUGCUGUCAGUGCUGGUGUUGCCCUUUGUGGCGGUGAGCUCAGCACGGCGGGAGUGGGUGUUUGGUGUGGUGUGGUGCAACUUUACCGCCCUGAUCUACCUGCUCAUCAGCUCGGCCAGUAUGCUCACCCUGGGGGCCAUCGCCAUUGACAGGUACUAUGCUGUACUGUACCCCAUGAUCUACCCCAUGAAGAUCACAGGCAACCGGGCGGUGGUGGCAAUCGCCUAUGUGUGGCUGCACUCCCUGGUGGGCUGCCUGCCACCCCUCUUCGGCUGGUCCUCCUUCGAGUUUGACCGCUUCAAGUGGACAUGCGUGGCGGCCUGGCACCGCACCCCUGCCUACACCGCCUUCUGGGUCACCUGGUGCAGCCUGCCGCCACUGCUCGCCAUGUUGGCCUGCUACGGCGUAAUCUUCCGCGUGGCACGCCUCAAGGCCCGCAAGGUGCAUUGUGGGACGACGGUGGUCGCAUCUUCAGAAGAAACGUCAUCGGGUGCUCAGAGGAACGACCAGCGUAAAAACUCAUCUACGUCCACGUCGUCCAAUGGAAGCCGGUGGAGUUUAGUGUAUGCUGGGAGCCAGUGCAAGGCUUUCGUCACCAUUAUGGUGGUGAUCGGGACCUUCCUGGUGACCUGGGGCCCCUACGUCGGGGUGGUGUGUACAGAGGCCCUGUGGGGUCAGGGCAGCGUGUCCCAGGGCCUGGAGACCCUGGUGGCUUGGCUGUCCUUCUGCAGCGCCGUCUGCCACCCGCUCAUCUACGGCCUGUGGAACAAGACUGUGCGCAAGGAACUGCUGGGCAUGUGCUUCGGGGAUCGCUACUACCGCGUGGAGUCGUUCGCCACACGCCACCGCACGUCACGCCUCUUCAGCAUCUCUAACCGCAUCACAGACCUGGGCAUGUCCCCUCACCUGACGGCCAUGUUGGUGGGAGGAGGGCAGCUCCUGGCCCCCGGCAGCAGCACUGGAGACACCGGCUUCAGUUUCACUCAGGACUCAUGUACAGACGUGAUGCUGCUUGACAACUUCUCCACAGAUGGCUCCUCCCACAUUGGAAGCGUGGCCGUAAAGAGGCGGAGCUCGGUCACCUUUGAAGACGAGCAACAGCAGAAUUCCAAAGCUGCAGAGAGCACCACCAUCCCUUCUACUGUCCAGGUCCAAGUAGAGAUACACAAAUCUCUGGACACCUUCGCCUCCUGCCUGGCCAGGGCCAUCGAAAGCGACGCUAAGCUCACCCUCUUUGGCGAGGACACACCCCUAUCUGGGGUGUUGUUUGCGGCUGCGGCGAGGGGGGCACAGAGGCCCCGUUACCUUGACGGUCAGAGACUGAGGCUGGAGAGCAUCGAUGAAGGGAUCGUCAAAGACGACAGAGAAGACCAAGAGAGGGAGAAUGCAUAGAACAAAUAUCCCUUUUCUUCUUUUAGGUACCUAAGAGUUUAUGGUACAUUGGGCAUUGCAUACUUUAUAAUCUUUGAACUCAGUACGCACAGUGUAUAUAUUUAAAAUAGACAUUUAUAACAAUGUAAGGCUUCUGCCAGUUACAGUACAUGCCUCUGUAUCUAUUCUCAUGUGAAUAGAUACUUCACAUUUACAAGUGGGCCCAAUGGCCAAUUUUCAUACGUUGAAAUCUUAAAUAGCAAUACAAACUAAGGACAUUUUUGGACCAAAUGCGUGCCAUAUAUUGAGUGCCUUGCUAGUUGUACUAUAUAUACACCUCUGUUAAAUAGGAAGCCUUAACUACUGUAUCUUGACGGUUCAAUGUUUGUAUUUUCAUUGGAAAGAUUUUGUUUAUGCCUAUGAUAAUGUCUUAAGCCACUUAUUCCUUAUUUUCUUUCCAUGCUUAAAGACUGCCUCUUGCUGUUGUGAACAGAUAAGUCUGUUGUGGAGUUUUAGAUGGGGGGGGGGGUGCGUUCAGCCGGGAACAACGUUGUGGAACGUUCAUAUAGAAAUGUUUUAUGUAGAACGAACAUGCAGCAGCAUACCACCCUGCAUACCACUGCUGGCUUGCUUCUGAAGCUAAGCAGGGUUGGUCCUGGUCAGUCCCUGGAUGGGAGACCAGAUGCUGCUGGAAGUGGUGUUGGAGGGCCAGUAAGAGGCACUCUUUCCUCUGGUCUAAAAAAUAUCCCAAUGCCCCAGGGCAGUGAUUGGGGACACUGUCCUGUGUAGGGUGCCGUCUUUCGGAUGGGACGUUAAACGGGUGUCCUGACUCUCUGAGGUCAUUAAAGAUCCCAUGGCACUUAUCGUAAGAGUAGGGGUGUUAACCCCGGUGUCCUGGCUAAAUUCCCAAUCUGGCCCUCAAACGAUCACGGUCACCUAAUAAUCCCCAUUUUACAAUUGGCUCUUUCAUCCCCCUCCUUUCCCCUGUAACUAUUCCCCAGGUCGUUGCUGUAAAUGAGGACGUGUUCUUAGUCAACUUACCUGGUAAAAUAACGGAUAUAAAACAUGCCUCAAUGACAUGUCAAGUAAGGGAUCAUGUCAGUUCUAUUCAUGACAUUUCUAUCUGCAACCUUUCAUAACAUUUGCCAACUGAACGUGGCCAGGUAUUCCCGGGAGGAGAACUUCCUCGUUCUCAGUAGCUGUAAUGCUUUUGGAGCAUAGGACCAACUUCCUGUAUACUUCAACAAUUCACAGUACGGCAUGUGAAAACAUGCCCUAUAAGAUAAUGUACAUUUGAAUGCACUUGAAUAAUGCAGUACCCAGAGUAUGAAUCCGUCCCCUUCUGAUUUGUAUGUUGUUUUGGAAAGCCGUGACUUAUCAAGUACACUAUAUAUAUACAAAAGUAUGUGGACACCCCUUCAAAUGAGUGGAUUCGUCUAUUUCUGCCAAACCUGUUGCUGACAGGUGUAUAAAAUCGAGCAUACAACCGUGCAAUCUCCAUAGACAAACAUUGGCAGUUGAAUGGCCUUACUGAAGAGCUCAGUGACUUUCAAUGUGGCUCCGUCAUAGGAUGCCAGGAGAACGCUACCUGCCCCAAUGUGUAGUGCCAACUGUAAAGUUUGGUGGAGGAGGAAUAAUGGUCUUGGGCUGGUUUUCAUGGUUCGGGUUAGGCCCCUUAGUUCCAGUGAAGGGAAAUCUUAACGCUACAGCAUACAAUGACAUUCUAGACGAUUCUGUGCUUCCAACUUUGUGGCAACAGUUUGGGGAAGGCCCUUGCCUGUUUCAGCAUGACAAUGCCCCCGUGCACAAAGCGAGGUCCACACAGAAAUGGUUUGUCAAGAUCGAUGUGGAAGAACUUGACUAGUCUGCACAGCGCCCUGACCUCAACCCCAUCAAACACCUUUGGGAUGUAUUGGAAUGCUGUCUGUGUCCACAUACUUUAAAAAAAAACUUUUGAUCUGUGGUGUAUCUCUCCUGUCAGUAUUACUCUACAAUGGUCCUAGUGUGGGUGAGCUGCAGGCUUUGCAGGACUGUGGUAUUUUAUCAGACUGACAAAGUCAAGCACAUAAUAGGACACCAUAAAGCCACUUACAGUAUUACUGUAUUUUUCAUAUUUUUUUACUCUGUUGGUUAGGAUUUCUGGUCAUGUGGGCUCUCUAUGUCCCUGUAGCGAGGGACACCUAGCCUGAUCCCAGAUCUGUAAGUGCUGCUUCAGUCAACACCUCUGACUGUGCUUUCAAGCACAUACUGAUCUGAAGCCAGGCUAAGGUUAACAUCCCUUGUUCAAACACUAUAGUUAUCACAUAUCUAACACAUAAUAAAUUCUGAAUCACUUCACUAGAGCACCAUUUCUCACCCUGAGAGAAUCACUGUCGAUCCUAUUAGCAAUUUGGGGUGUUUACCUCAGAACUGAGUGUUCCACUCAGCGGCCAGUUUAUUAGGUGCACCCGUCUAGUAUCGGGUCGGGACCCACCUUUUGCUUCCAGAACAGCCGGAAUUCUUUGGGGUAUAGAAACAUUGCUCAAUUGGUAUCAAGGGAUCUAACGUUGGCCAGGAAAGAAAUCCCCACACCAUUACACCACCACCAACAGCCUGUACCGUUGACACCGUGCAGGAUGGAACCAUGCACUCAUGCUGCUGACACCAAAUCCUGACUCUGCCAUCGGCAUGACUCAACAGGAACUGGGAUUCGUCGGACCAGGCAACGUUUUUUCCAUUCAAUUGACCAGUGUUGAUCGCGUUCCCACAGGAGCUACCUCUUUUUGUUUUUAGCUGAAUGGAGUGGAACCCGGUGUGGUCAUAUUCUUCAAUAUCCGUGACAAGAACCAACGAGUUGCGCGUUCCAAGAUGCCGUUCUGCACACCGCUGUUGUACUGCGCCGUCAUUUGCCUGUUUGUGGCCUGCCUGUUAGCUUGCAUGAUUCUUGCCAUUCGACCUCCUCAUCGAGCUGUUUUCUCCCACAGGACUGCUGCUGACUGAUUUUUGUUGUUGUUGUUGGGUCGCACCAUUCUAGGUAGACCCUAGACACUGUCGUGUGUGAAAAACCCAGAAGGUCGGUCAUUUCUGAGAUUCUGGAACCGGAGCGCAUGUCGCCGACGAUCAUACCACGCUCAGUCGCUUAGGUCACUUGUUUUGCCCAUUUGAACGUUCAAUCAAACAGUAACUGAAUUUCUCAAUGCCUGUCUGUCUGCUUUAUAUAGCAAGCCACGGACACGUGACUCACUGUCAGUAGAAGAAAACCAUUUAUGAAAAGGGUGUUGUACCUAAUAAACUGGCCCUCGUGUAUAUCUGUAUUUAUCUGUGUGUCACUGUCCCAGUAUGGUACUGCAUUGUUAGAGCAAUACUCCAGAACGUAAGGUAUUAUACACUUUUGAUUUCCACUAAGGGCUGGAUUCAUUCCGUAUCGCAUUAGAUUUGCAUUUAUAGUGUGAUUUAAAUUUAAAGGCAGUGUUCCCACAUUCGCAGAGAUUGCAUACACAGUAAACGAUUUGGACUGAAUCCAGCCCUAAGAUAUUUUGUACUGUUGUAUUAAAGUUUUUUUUUAUACAUA